CUCUCCCAUGCUGCUGCUCUGCUUCAGUAUAUGUUAACUUGACUGUAACUGUGCACAAGUAAACACACGCUUCUCUUGUAAACUGAAGUAAACUGUCAGUUUGACCCUAUAUUGUGCUCCAUCAGACGCUGUCUGCUCCAGCUUCAAAGGAAUGAACGACGCUAAAGAGACAGUGCUAAUCCAGUUCCUAUAAUACUUCCACGCUGCUGAGGUGUGCGGGUGUUUGCAGAGAGCAGUCCGACUUCUCGUCCUGACAUGUCUGAGCCGAUUAGAGUUGUGGUGACCGGUGCAGCCGGGAACAUUGCCUAUUCCCUGUUGUUCAGCAUUGCCAAAGGAGAUGUGUUUGGCAAAGAUCAGCCAAUCAUCUUGCUCCUUUUGGACAUUACACCAAUGUUAACUGUCCUCAAUGGCGUUGUCAUGGAGCUUCAGGACUGUGCUCUCCCACUUCUGAGAGAGAUUAUCGCGACUGAUAAGCUUGACGUGGCCUUCCAGGACGUGGAUGUAGCCAUCUUGGUGGGCUCCAUGCCUCGGAGAGAGGGCAUGGAGAGGAAAGACCUGCUCCAAGCCAAUGUGACAAUCUUCAAGAGCCAGGGAGCUGCUCUGGAUAUGCAUGCCAAAAAGACUGUCAAGGUGCUGGUUGUAGGAAACCCUGCAAACACCAACUGUCUGAUUGCAGCCAAGUUUGCUCCUUCCAUUCCCAAAGAGAAUUUCUCCUGCCUCACCCGUCUGGACCACAACAGGGCUCGCUCUCAGGUAGCGAUGCACUGUGGCGUUCCUGCCACCCACGUGAAGAAUGUGAUCAUCUGGGGUAACCACUCGUCGACCCAGUACCCAGAUGUGCACCACUGCUUGGUCAAUGUAUCUGGUAGUGACCUCCCCUGCUUCGAUGCAGUCAAGAAUGAUUCAUGGCUCAAAGGAGAUUUCAUAACUACGGUGCAGCAGAGAGGCGCCGCAGUCAUCAAGGCUAGGAAGCUGUCAAGUGCCAUGUCUGCCGCCAAGGCCAUCUGUGACCAUAUGAGAGACAUCUGGUUUGGGACCCCUGAGGGUGAGUUCAUCUCCAUGGGAGUUUACUCUUCUGCUAAUUCAUAUAAAGUCCCAGAUGACCUCAUCUACUCAUUCCCUGUCCAGAUCAAGGACAAGUCCUGGAAGAUUGUGGAUGGCCUGGCCGUCAGUGAUUUCUCCCAAUCCAGGAUGGAUGCCACAGCAGCAGAGCUGGUGGAGGAGAGAGACACAGCUCUGGGUCUUGUGGGAACAUGACUAGACCCUGCUGGGCCACCAUGCUCCAAGACUCCAGAUGCACGUCUGUGAUAAAGCACUCCCAACAUCCCCUGCACUAGUGUCUACAUCUGUGUGUGUGUGCGCCCUAUGGGAAAGAGUGAGUCGGUGUAAUGUUUUGAUUUGAUGUGAUUUAUACUUGUGUGUUGAAAGGCUAUACAGUAAAAACUUGUGUUACAGUGGCAUUUUCCAAAAGAUGUACAGCAGAUAUAACUGGACAAUAUUGAGUUAGCUUGGUAGUCUUUGUCCUUCAUAGACGUACGUCCCUCAGACGUAUCCUGUCAUGACAUGGCAUAGGCCUCCUUUUCAGUAGACACCAGAAACACCUUUGGCCUGGAUGUUGUACAUCAUAAUGCACAAGUAUAUCUCCACCUCGCAUACAAUAUACAGCAUAUACUGAAUUGGUGACCAUUUUUUUUCCAAAUAUUUUUCUGUGGGGGUAAGUAAGUGAGUGGAUGGUUGUUACAUAUAUAUUCGGUGAUGCAUUAAGUCGUGAAACACUGGAAUUUAUCAUUUAAAGGAGAAAAAAUAAAUAUAAUAUUAUUAUUAUAAAAAAUAAAAAUAAUAAUAAUAACUAUUAUAAUAAUAAUAAAAGAAAAGAAAUGUUUUAUUAAUAUUGUGUUUUUCAUCUCACGUGUGAACAAAUGACGAUCUGAAUGGUGAGACUGCGGUUUGAAACAAACAGGAAGAUCUUCUCCACUCUACGGUGGCCACUACAUACAGGGAGGGAUGUUGUUUUUCUUUGUUUGCAUAUUUAGGCUCCCCGUAAAAGUGUGAAAUGUGCAGUCUAGCUUGUCAGAUUAGGCUGCUGUAAAAAGAGAAAUAAUUCUCUUUUAAUUUAUAACUAUUGAUUGUAUCAACGAUUUGUGUUUGUACACAAGGUCAAAGUUUCUUGACAUUUGCUUCCACCUCAUGUUUAAAAUAUUCAAAAUGGGGUUCAUUUAAAUUAUCAAAAAUGUAAAAAUAAAAAAAAGGCAAACUUGCUGCAUCCUGAAACUA